AUGGGGACCGUCCGCCAAGCCAAGAGCGGCGCGUCUCCCCACCUCCCCUCCCUCCCGGCCGGCCUGCGCCACGGCGCCUCCCUGCUGGCCGGGAGGACCCAGCUGCUGCUCACUUGCAGCAAGAGCCCACCUGUCUGUCAGUGUGACCGGCCAGGGAGAGUCCCCUCCCUCGCCGCCCCCACCUCCUGCACGCUCCCCCCAGCCCUGCCCCUCCUUCCUCCACACUCCAACCCAGGCAACAGCUAUAAAGCAGCCCAGCACAGAGGAGAUCUGUCCCCGCGCACAGCACCCGGCCGCCCCAGCUCUCUGACCGAGGCAACAAGAGCCAUGGAAGGGGACGUGGAAAUCAGCUCGCUGAUCGACCAGGUGGAGCGGAAGGAGAGCCUAGAGAGAGCUGAGCAGCAGAAAUCCCGGGGCUGUAAGGUGGCGAUCACUGAAAUGGACACGGCUGAUCUGGAAAAGGAGAAGUAUCGGGAGGCAGCUAAAGGCAGCAGAGUCCUGGCGGUGAAGGGUGAAGAAAGAGUGAGAAAGACUUCGAGGGAUCUGCGUCAAGAAAUAAUCAGUCUGGGCGGAAUCCAAAAUCUAAUAGAACUUCGAAAGAAAAGAAGAGAGAGGAAAAAGGUUCCACCUCCCGAACCAGAGAAGGAGACAGAGGAGAUUGAAGGUCCAGUGGAAGUCUCCAUGUUCCUGACCUCUGCGGUUCAGGGCAAGGUCAAAACCAUCGAGAGAUACCUGGCAGACGGUGGAGACGCCAACGCCUGUGAUGAGUUUAAGCGGACUGCUCUGCAUAGGGCCUCACUAGAAGGUCACACUGAUAUAGUCAUCAAACUUCUGGAAGGAGGAGCAACAGUUGACUUCAGGGACAGGCUCGACUGCACGGCUGUUCACUGGGCCUGUCGAGGAGGGAGACUGGAGGUGCUGAAGAUUCUGCGUGAAAAAGGGGCCUCGGUGAACGUCCAUGACAAGCUGCUCAGUACUCCGCUACACGUUGCUACGCGGACUGGCCACGUCGAGUGUGUGGAGUAUCUCAUCGUCUGUGGCAUCGAUAUCAACGCCAAGGACCGGGAGGGGGACACUGCACUGCAUGACGCUGUCCGACUUAGCCGCUACAAGAUAACCAAACUGCUCAUUUUGCAAGGGGCCGACUUGAGGACCAAGAACAUGGAGGGGAAGACUCCGAUUGACCUGGUACAGCAGUGGCAACUUGAAACUAAAGACGCCCUUGCUCACGCGAACUAACAUUUGCUAGCAGAAUGUUCCUGGAACAGCUUAGCCAGAAAACUUGGACUGUAUACUGAAUCUUGUUUCCACCAAUGAGCGAAGCUCACAUAUCAUGUUACAUUUGCGUUGAACUCUGCCAAACACAGAAGCCCCUUGUAAAAUGUUUAGCCACUGCUGACUGGGUUUGUGAGAUCGGGAGAGGUUGUUGGGGUGUGGCAUUAAGAGGACACAGAAACAAAUUAAUGCUUUUAAGAGUAAUAAAGAAAUUUGCACAAGGGACACAGUGGCGCGGUGGGUAGAGCCGCUGCCUCACAUCUCCAGGGACCCGGUUUCAAUCCCGACCUCCGGCACUGUCUGUGUGGAGUUUGCACGUUCUCCCUGUGGACUGAGUGGGUUUCUCCCGGGGGCUCCGGUUUCCUCCCACAUCCCCAAGACAUGUAAGUUGGUAGGUUAAUUGAUCACUGUAAAUUGCCCCUGGUGUGUAGGGUAAGGGGUAGAAUCUGGGGGGGAGGGAAGUUGAUGGGAAUGUGGGGAGAAUAAAAUGGGGUCGGUGUAAAUGGGUGGUUGAUGGUCGACAUGCACUGGAUGGGCCGAAGGGCCUGCUUCCAUGCUGUAUGACUCCAUAAUUAUACAGCAGUGGGGAACAAAUGGUUGCAACGAGCAAGUGAGGCUUCUGAGAGUUAACAUUAGGACAUAGUGGUGCAUAAAAAGUCAAUCCACCAAAAUACUAUCAUGAUUUAAUGGAUUAAAUUGUGAAGAGAGGUUGCAUAAAUUUGGUUCAAGCUUCCUUGAGGACGUGAGCACACAGGGAGUUGCUAUGACUGAUUCUCUACCUCAAUGGAGACCUGGUUCCAUUCAUAUCGCUGCAGCCCAAAAUGGAUCCAUUUCAGCUCUGAAUACGUUCAACAUCUGAUCAUCCUCAGAAUCCUGUUCAUUAACAAUCCUCGUAGUGAAGACAUUUCUUCUCUCAUUGCUAAAGGUCUGACCCUGUCCCGAGUCUACAAGUCCUUAUUCCACAGUGUACACUCCGUCUCCA